AGAAGUAGCCUGGCUCCAUCAGCUAACCACUCAACCAAGAAAGGCUGUCUGUUCUUAUCUGUCUCAGAGCAUAUGCUUCUCCCCCACCCCAAGGGCUCAAGACAGGAAUUUGUAAGAAAUAUGCUCUUCUACCACAGAGUCCUCUUGACCCUAAACCAAAGUGUCACACUGGCAGAUUUUGCUACUGUCUUAUCUGUAGAUGAUAGAUAGGUUUGGCCCAUUUCUACUUGCUGCCUUAAUCUCAAGAGACAAAAGCCCAAGGAAAGGUUGUGAUAUGAUCUAGAAAAGUUCGAACCAAGUAGUCCCAUGUGUUACUGUAGGCAGUAUCUGGCUUCAAAUUCUCCACAAUAUGUAAUGAGUAAAAAAUGAAGGUAUACUCUGACUUUUUCCUUCUUUCUGAUUUUUUUCUCCCCAGGCAGCUGUGUCUGUGUGUGUCUUGGAGAAGUAGGGCCCAUUGGAAACAAUGCCACCACCAUCAGACAUUGUCAAAGUGGCCAUUGAGUGGCCAGGUGCUAAUGCCCAGCUCCUUGAAAUCGACCAGAAACGGCCUCUGGCAUCCAUCAUCAAGGAAGUUUGUGAUGGGUGGUCGUUACCCAACCCAGAGUAUUACACUCUCCGUUAUGCAGAUGGCCCCCAGCUCUACAUCACCGAACAGACUCGCAGUGACAUUAAGAAUGGGACAAUCUUGCAACUGGCUAUCUCCCCGUCCCGGGCUGCACGCCAGCUGAUGGAGAGGACUCAGUCAUCCAACAUGGAGACCCGGCUGGAUGCUAUGAAGGAGCUGGCCAAGUUGUCUGCCGAUGUGACUUUCGCUACUGAGUUCAUCAACAUGGAUGGCAUUGUUGUGUUGACGAGGCUUGUGGAAAGUGGAACCAAACUCUUGUCCCACUACAGUGAGAUGCUGGCAUUCACCCUGACUGCCUUCCUAGAGCUCAUGGACCAUGGCAUUGUCUCCUGGGACAUGGUUUCAAUCACCUUCAUUAAGCAGAUUGCAGGGUAUGUGAGCCAGCCCAUGGUGGACGUGUCAAUCCUUCAGCGGUCCCUGGCCAUCCUGGAGAGCAUGGUCUUGAACAGCCAGAGUCUGUACCAGAAGAUAGCGGAGGAAAUCACCGUGGGACAGCUCAUCUCACACCUCCAGGUCUCCAACCAGGAGAUUCAGACCUACGCGAUUGCACUGAUUAAUGCACUUUUCCUGAAGGCUCCUGAGGACAAGCGACAGGACAAGCACCUUAAUCCUCUAGACCUGCCUGUCACUGAUAUGGCCAAUGCAUUUGCACAGAAGCACCUUCGCUCUAUAAUCCUGAAUCAUGUGAUCCGAGGGAACCGCCCAAUCAAAACUGAGAUGGCCCAUCAGCUUUAUGUUCUCCAAGUCUUGACCUUUAACCUUCUGGAAGAAAGAAUGAUGACUAAGAUGGACCCCAAUGACCAAGCUCAGAGAGACAUUAUAUUUGAACUGAGGAGGAUUGCAUUUGAUGCAGAGUCUGACUCAAACAAUGUUCCCGGGAGUGGGACUGAAAAACGCAAAGCCAUGUACACCAAGGACUACAAAAUGCUAGGAUUUACUAAUCACAUCAACCCAGCCAUGGACUUUACCCAGACACCUCCUGGAAUGCUGGCUUUGGACAACAUGCUGUACUUGGCUAAAGUCCACCAGGACACCUAUAUCCGGAUUGUCUUGGAGAACAGCAGCCGAGAAGACAAACAUGAAUGCCCCUUUGGCCGCAGUGCCAUUGAGCUCACCAAAAUGCUCUGUGAAAUCCUGCAGGUUGGAGAACUGCCAAAUGAAGGACGCAACGACUACCACCCGAUGUUCUUUACCCACGACCGAGCGUUUGAAGAGCUCUUUGGAAUCUGCAUCCAGCUGUUGAACAAGACCUGGAAGGAGAUGAGGGCAACAGCAGAGGACUUCAACAAGGUUAUGCAGGUAGUCCGAGAGCAGAUCACUCGAGCUCUGCCCUCCAAACCCAACUCUUUGGAUCAGUUCAAGAGCAAACUGCGUAGCCUGAGCUACUCUGAGAUUCUACGACUGCGCCAGUCUGAGAGGAUGAGUCAGGAUGACUUCCAGUCCCCACCAAUUGUGGAGCUGCGGGAGAAGAUCCAGCCUGAGAUCCUUGAGCUGAUCAAGCAGCAGCGCCUCAACCGGCUCUGUGAGGGCAGCAGCUUCCGCAAGAUCGGGAACCGUCGAAGGCAAGAACGGUUCUGGUACUGCCGCUUGGCACUGAACCACAAGGUGCUGCACUAUGGUGACCUGGAUGACAACCCGCAAGGGGAGGUGACAUUCGAAUCCCUGCAGGAGAAAAUUCCUGUUGCAGACAUUAAGGCCAUUGUUACUGGAAAAGAUUGUCCCCACAUGAAAGAGAAAAGUGCUCUGAAGCAGAACAAGGAGGUGUUGGAAUUGGCCUUCUCCAUCCUGUAUGACCCUGAUGAGACCUUAAACUUCAUUGCACCUAAUAAGUAUGAGUACUGCAUCUGGAUUGAUGGCCUCAGUGCCCUUCUGGGGAAGGACAUGUCCAGUGAGUUGACCAAGAGUGACCUGGACACCCUACUGAGCAUGGAGAUGAAGCUGCGGCUCCUGGACCUAGAGAACAUCCAGAUUCCUGAAGCCCCACCCCCUGUCCCCAAGGAGCCCAGCAGCUAUGACUUUGUCUAUCACUAUGGUUGAGCCUGGAGCCAGAGACAGUGGUACCCAGGGAAAGGGAUUUUGGGCCCAGGAGAAACACUCACAAUCUGGUGCCUUGUCUUUUGCUUGUACAGAAUCUGUAGUGAUUUUGGUGGCCAGUAAAUGCCAGCCAUUUCUCAAACCCAUCUUGGACCACCCAGAGUUUCCUCUUGGUCCGUCCACUAAGAGUCGUGAAGGCAGGGUGCUCUGCCCUCCACAUCACCGUGAAGCCUGGGAUCGGGCCAUGAGGAAUGAACAGCAGAAGCCCUUGCCUUCUGGCCCAAGAAACUCCUUCCUGAAAUGGAUAUAACAACAGCCACUCACCUUUUCUUCCUAAGCCUGCUCUCUGGUCAGCUGGAUCCCCACAUGGACAAGAACUGGCCCAAGAAAGGCUGCCUGCAGAGAACAGAUGUGCUGGGCAUGUUGAGAGCCUUGGAGUGACUGCCUUUGGCAGCCCAUGCCUGUGUCUCAGAUCUCAGUACAGGCCUUGGGCCUUCACUUUUGUCUUUUUCAGGAGGGCUGACUCUAGCCUCACAUGGUGCCAAGAUGUUGCUGCUUCUGAGUUCUAGCUCUGACAUCUCUGGUCUCUAGAGCCACUAGAUCUCUUGCCCAUGCAGUUAUCAGGGCAGAUGGAAGUGUCUCCCUACAAGCUCUCAGUCUCAUCCUGGCAAGUCAAAGACCUCCAAGCUAAGUCCGCCCUCUUCGUCUCCAGGAACACUGCAGGGAAAGCCCAACUGGGGCCUGGACCUGGACUCUGGUGAGGUCACGAGAGUUCAUCCCCUUCCCCCACAUUUAUAUCCUUUCAUUCCUCGAGAAAUCUUCCACCUAACCUGAAUUGCAGCCUUCCCCUCCCUAUCCCCUCCCCUACAAAGUUUGUUUUCCUUUGGCCUUCCAGAUACCAGGAAGUUUCCCUUCCCUUCCCUUUCUUCCUAGCGCUGUGGUAUCUGCCAUUGGCCAUGAUUUCAGGGAGCUGGCUGAGGCCACUGAGGCUGCAGCUGUGCCAAUGGGGCUUCCCUGGUGCUGCCGCACUUGCAAACCACAUGCGUGGCCUCUCUCCUUGGACGUACGUUAGCACAGUAGCAUUCAGUAUUGGUAGGCUGGCAUGGUAGGUACUACCCAAUGAAGAGUGUACUAUAUAUUUUCUUUACUAUAGGCCAUACUUAUACAGACGUGUAUAUAUAUUUAUAUAAGAUCUACCUAUCCUAGGUUGGAAUGUUUGGGGAAGAUUAAAUUGAGGGAAAGAAAAGUAGCACUUCCAGUUGUGAGUCAAGAUUGUAUCUAGAGAGCCGCCAGGAGCUUCCUGUCAGUAACCAUGUUUUCAAUAAAUACUCUUUCAUGUACAAA